AUGUCUACCACGACAACGGUCACCACGACGGCAGCCCAGCCCAUCACUGCCGAUACUAUUCUCCGCCUAUUUCCAGACAUUGACACCACCUCCGAGGCGCUGUCCGGACACGAUGAGGAGCAGAUUCGCCUGAUGGACGAGGUCUGCAUCGUCCUCGACGAGGACGACAAGCCUAUUGGACAGGCCAGCAAGAAACUCUGCCAUCUCAUGACCAACAUCGACAAGGGUCUCCUGCACCGCGCCUUUUCCGUCUUCCUCUUCAACGACCAGAACGAGCUGCUCCUCCAGCAGCGCGCCUCCGAGAAGAUUACUUUUCCCGACAUGUGGACAAACACCUGCUGCUCUCACCCGCUGGGCAUCCCCGGCGAGACGGGCUCCAAUCUCCCCGACGCCGUCAUGGGCGUCAAGCGCGCCGCGCAGCGCAAGCUCGACCACGAGCUGGGCAUCAAGACGGAGCAGGUUCCCAUUGAAAACUUUCGCUUCCUGACCCGCAUCCACUACAAGGCCCCCAGCGAUGGCAAAUGGGGCGAGCACGAGAUCGACUAUAUUCUCUUCAUCAAGGCCAACGUCGACCUGAACCCCAGCCCCAACGAAGUCCAGGCUACCCAAUACGUCAGCCCCGACCGCCUCAAACAACUCUUCGAGGACCCCAGCCUCAAGUUCACCCCCUGGUUCAAGCUCAUUUGCAACUCUUUCUUGUUCGAGUGGUGGGCUCACCUCAACUCUGGCCUCGACAAGUACAUGAAUGAGGAGAAGAUUCACAGAAUGUAA